AUGAGGUUCUUCAAGCUUUUCCUCGCGACUCUUGCGUCGUUCAGUCUUGCUGCUCCCGAACCGCUAAGGACUGUCUCUUCGCCCGAACUAUCGGGCGAAUUGGUUCAGCUAUUGGAGAAGCACAAUCUCGCCCUUGUUCCUCGCUCUGAACUCACGGAUGCACUCAAAGAGCUAAACACACUGCUUAAGAGCAACGCCUUUCCUCGCGCGCCCGUUCUCAUCAGACGACAAAACAGCACAGCGGGCGGCGGCUCAAAAUCUGGUUCUGGCUCCAAUUCCGAUUCCAAUUCAGACGACUCGGAUUCUGAUGAUGGAGGGUCUAGAAUUGCCGCUAUUCCUGGACUUGACGGUCUUGGAGAUUUAGGGUCUGGCCUCAAGGGAUUGACAGAUGCCCUGGGCGAUGUCAAGGAUCUCUUCAAAGCUCUGGGUGACCUGCUGUCGCCCGAGUUCCUCCAAGCCUUCCAUGAUGCCAUGGUCUAUCUCGCAGCAACUCUCAAGCCUCCCGCGCCAAACCAAGUCAGAAACCUUCUUGCCAAGGCAGGACCACUUCUGGACCUGGUCGGCGAACUCAACCUCAAAGAUCUCGUCGAUGAGAUCAAGGGCGUCAACAUUGCUGGCAUCGUGUCAAAGGUGCUCAAGCUUCUCACCGAUGACAACCUCAAGAACAUCGAGGGCAUUCUUCAAGCUUUGGACCCUCUUCUCAAGAAAGAGGCUAUCCAGGGUAUUGUCACUCUUCUCAAGAACGCCAGCAAUCUCUUGACAGCCAAGACUGUCGACGAGAUUCAAGAUCUUCUUGGCGAAGUCAGUCCCAUCAUCAAGGACAUCGCGCCACUCUUGGAACAGCUUACCAAGCUCAACCUUGAACAAGUCCUCAAGGCGGUGCAGCCGCUUCUCAAGGACGAUUCUAUCAAGGGUAUCUUGAGUCUACUCAAGAACGCCGAGAGCCUCUUGACGCCCAAGUUUGUGGACCAGACUCAAGAUCUCAUUGGCGCUGCAUCGCCCUUGAUCGACAAGCUCGGUGAUGUUGAUCUCAAGGGUGUCCUUGAUGCGCUGAGCCCCAUUCUGAAGAAGGAGGCUAUCCAAGGACUCGUUGGACUGCUCAACAAUGCAGAAGACUUGUUGUCCAAGGAGACCGUGAAGAGCAUCAAGACCCUCCUCAAUGAAGCUUCUCCACUGAUCGAGAAACUAUCUGAUGUUGAUCUCAAGGGUGUACUGGACGCUUUGAGCCCCAUCCUGAAGAAGGAGGCUAUUCAAGGUCUUGUUGGUCUCUUGAACAACGCCGAGGAUUUGCUGUCCAAGGAGACUGUCAAGAGUAUCAAGACUCUCUUGUCUCAAGCAUCACCUCUCAUUGAUAAGCUUGCGGAUAUCGAUCUGAAGGGUGUACUUGAUGCCCUUAGCCCCAUCCUCAAGAAGGAAGCGAUCCAAGGUCUUGUCGGACUCCUCGGCAAUGCCGAAGACCUUCUCUCCAAGGAAACAGUCAAGAGCAUCAAGACUCUUCUGACAAGCGCGUCACCGUUGAUUGACAAGCUAUCGGAUCUCGACUUGAAGGGCAUCCUAGACGCCUUGAGUCCUAUCUUGAAGAAGGACGCUAUCCAGGGUCUCGUCGGCUUGCUCAACAAUGCAGAAGACCUUCUUUCCAAGGAAACCGUCAAGAACAUCAAGACACUUCUUACGAGCGCUGGUCCCCUCAUCAACAGCCUUGGAAAGAUUGAUCUCGCAGGUGUUCUUGACUCGCUCAGACCUCUUUUGACAAAGGAGUCUAUGAAGGGUAUUAUCGGCCUGUUGGGCAACGCUGAGGAUCUUUUGACAAAGGACUUUGUUUCAGACACCAAGAAACUCAUCUCCAACGCCAGUCCUCUUCUAACUAGCUUGGGUAAGCUUGAUCUCAAGAGUCUGAUUGAUGCGAUCGCACCGCUCCUUACCAAGGACUCGGUCAAGGGACUGGUCAGUCUUCUUGGUAACGCCGAGAAUCUACUCACCAAGGAUUUCGUGUCCCAGACCAAGUCUUUGAUCUCGAAAGCGUCACCUCUACUUGACAGUCUUGACGAUGCUGACCUGAAGGGUCUGCUCGAUCAAGUUGGUCCACUUCUCAAGGAGGUUAGCAAGCUCAAGCUAGAGGACAUCCUCAGCGCAGUGCGACCUCUUCUGACGAAGAACUCCAUCAACGGCAUCGUUGGUCUUCUCAAUAAUGCCGAGAAUCUCCUUACCAAGGAUUUCGUGUCACAGACGAAGCUCUUGAUUGCCAAGGCCGCGCCUCUACUGAGCAGCUUGGACAAGGCCGAUCUCGCGAGCUUGCUUGAUCAGGUUGGCCCGCUACUGAAGCAAGUCGGCAAGUUGAAGCUGGACGAGCUUCUGAGUGCUGUGCAGCCCUUGCUCACCAAGGACUCCAUCAAGGGCAUUAUCGGAUUGCUCGACAAUGCGGAGAACUUGCUUACCAAGGACUUUGUAUCUCAAACAAAGGGUCUUAUCUCCAAGGCUUCGCCACUCCUCACUAGCCUUUCCAAGCUGAACCUUGAGGACCUCCUUGAUCAAGUUGGCCCGCUCUUGAAGAUGCUUGGCAAGCUUGAUCUCGAGGGUUUGUUGAGCGCCGUGGCACCACUCCUCACAAAGGAUUCUGUCAAGGGUAUCGUUGGACUGCUGGAUAAUGCUGAAGGGUUGUUGACCAAGAAGUUCGUCAACGAGACCCAGACGCUCAUCACUGGUGCUGUUCCUUUGAUCUCUUCACUCAGUGAACUUGAUCUUCCUGAUCUUAUCGACCAAGUAUCACCUUUGCUGAAGGAGAUUGGAAAGAUCGAUCUUGCCAAGCUUGUGAAGCAACUGUCGCCAUUACUGGAUGAGAUCAGUAGCCUGGACAUCAAGGGCUUGUUUGACGCCAUCGCACCUCUACUCUCACCAAAGGGCAUCAAGGGCAUCAUGGAGCUUCUCGGAAACGCUGAAGAUCUCCUCACGCCCAAGUUCGUCAACCAGACACAAACACUCAUUGGCGACGCAGUACCGCUGGUUUCAGCUCUGGGCGACAUUGAUCUCAAGAAGCUCAUCAAGCAACUCUCACCUUUGCUUGAAGCACUUGGCGAGAUUGACUUUGGCGACCUCAUCAAAAAGGUAAAGCCUCUUCUGAACGCACUCACGAAGAUUGAUCUCACCAAGCUGGUUGGCAAGAUAAUGCCACUGCUGGAUUCUCUGGAUGACAUUGAUCUGGCGGGAUUGAUCGAUGCGAUCAAACCUUUGUUGACGCCCAAGUCGGUCAAGGGAAUUGUUGGGCUGGUUGAUAAUGCAGAAGAUCUUCUCACCAGCAAAUUCGUCAACCAGACACACACGCUUAUCUCGGGCGCUGUACCACUGAUUGAGGUACUGAACAAGGUUGAUCUGGAGAGUUUGUUUGAGAUCAUUGAGCCUAUUCUGGAAGAGUUAGAUGGUCUUGAUCUCUCUGGUCUUGUGGACGCAGUGAAGCCUUUGCUCAAUGCGCUCAAGAAGAUUGACAUCAAGGGCAUUAUUGACCAGAUCAUGCCCUUCCUUACACCCAAGACAGUCAAGGGAUUGUUGUCACUGGUAGGAAACGCAGAGAGCUUGCUCAGCAAGGCAUUUGUGAACCAAGUAUCGGAACUGAUUGGAGAUGCGACACCGCUCGUUGCGACUGUUGCAGACUUGGUUCAUGCUAUUUUGAAGGAACUUAUGGGUCGGACGUAA